GGGUUUCUAGCCCCGUCCAACGUCCAUCGUCAUGCGUAGGCACGGACGUGAAGGCAGGGGAGCUACGCCGAGGGUCGGGGGCGGUAUGUCGCGGAGUGGGCAGCAGUCCCGGUUCUUUUGUUUCAUCAAUGGCGGCUGGCAAGCCAACAAAGUACGCUGCCGACAAGGACGGGGCUGGUGGUGGUGCACAGUCCAGCCGUGAAGGAGGAGGUCCUGCUACAUAGGGGUCUGGUUGCGGUGGAGCACUCCAAAACGACUCCAAAAACUCCCUCGCUGAAUCAUUGGCAGCUUGCGACGUUGUUGUUUCUGUGGUCAUGUCGUCGUCCUUGCGAGCCAUGUACGCUCCCCCGCUUUCGUGCAUGUAAACAUGUCGAACAGUUCUCGGCGCUUCGUCCGUCAUAUUGCGGGCGGGGUCUUUUGGCCGAGGGGUGGGCAGGGCCGUGUCCAUGGCAGGUCGGGUCGUCUUUUGCCUCUUCGCCGACGGCGUGUCCAAGAAGUAGGUUGGGGCAUCGUCGUCGUCCGAGGCGGUGGCCACAUGCAGGCGCACGGUCCGAUGGGGCGGCUGGCGGCUGGCGGCGGACGAGUAGUCGCUGGACUGUCUACUUUCGUCACGGUAGCUUCCCUUGGGCGUUGACGGAGGGGUUCGCGCCGAGCUGGGCUGGCUGAACUCAACGACACGCCCCCGGGAGCUGCUCGCUUCUCGUCGCGUGUGGUCGGACCAGUCGGGUGGUCUGUUCAUGGAGCGCCGCGGGGACGUGCGGUGGCCGUCAUGGUUGUCGUGCCAUGGUGGCGGGGUGGUGGUAGUUUGGCUAUUGGGUCCGUACUGGGCAAAAGAUUUGGACGGUGGUUCGUCUCGGUGGUUGUUGUGUGGUGGCUGCUUGCCUCGGAAGCUUGGGUGGGUGUACGCCAUCGACACGUGGUUGGCUUCGAGUAUCUGUAAAAUGUCGUCUUCUGUGUCGAAAAUGCGGCCCAGUGUGCCCGAUAUCGUGAUGAUGACCUCUUGCAUUUCUUUGAUUGCAAACCACUUGACAGACGUGCCGCGGCGCAGCAUGAUGGGUUUGAGCGUCUGCAGCGGCAAGAACUCCAUCGCAGACUGCGGCACCACCGUCUUGACUGUGAGUUCGUCCUCUCGGUUCGUGGGCAAGUCGUUGUUGAAGUCGGCCAGUUUCUGCAUGAUCAGGUUCACUGCUUUCCGAGAGGACGAUUCCGACCCGUGCACUAGCAGACGCCGAAGGGUGGUUCCAAGAGGCAAGUCUUCCACGGGGGUGAGCUGGAAGCGCGCGCCCGAGACAUAUGCGAUCUGCUUCAGCACUGCGCCGCCCUUCGCCAUGAGCAUCGUGGCAAACGUGCUUGGAACCAACACGUACGUGUUGCCUUUGUCACCCACGAGCGGCCCCACAUUCGUCGUCGUGUUGCAGCCUGUGGUGGCUUGAAUGUCGGCAAUCACGUCCCGGAUGACAUUGUAUACGUUUUUCGUGUAGCCGGCAAUCACCAAAAGGCGGUCGUCCGGGUGCGGCGAGUCUCCAGCUGGUCGAAUCGUCAAAUGCACGUGCGCACUGUGCGCGAGACGGCGGAUUUUGGACCCACCAUUCGCUAGAAGCUUCCCCGUGUACGCGGACGGGAUGAUGAUGUGCACAUGGACACGAGGAGUUCGUUCAUCAGGAUUCAUGCUGGCUCGUGUCCUUCCUGUCCACUGCAAGUCCGUUG